AUGGUUAAAGGAAGAAAAGUUGUUACAAAAAUAUCUAAUAGAAAGAGACCAAGAAGAUAUCGUCCAAAUAUUUCAAUCAUGUUAAGUGUUAACGACCUAAAUUCACUUGUUAGUAUUCCAGACACUUUAUCCAACAAUUCACACGUCAACAAUACGAACUCACCAACAAACACGCUAGUCAGUAACAAUUCGAACACGCUACUUAAUCCCAACACAAUCCCGCUACCUGGUAAUCCAAACGCGCAACCAAUCCAGCUUCCAAGAAAUCCAAACACGCAACCAAUCCCGCUAACUGGUAAUCUAAACGCGCAACCUACCCCGCAAACUGGUAAUCCAAACGCGCAAUCAACUACGUUAUCUGGUAUUCCAAACGCGCAACCAAUCCCGCUAACUGGUAAUCCAAACGCGCAACCUACCCCGCAAUCUGGUAAUCCAAACGUGCAAUCAACCCCGCUACCUGGUAAUGUUCAAAACACGCAGUCCGGCAAUAAUCCAAUCCCGUUUCGCACACCAAAUAAUAAUAAUCAAUAUAUGAUAAAUAUUAUUGAGCGACUUCAACAACAAUCAACGGGGAACGAUUCACUUGACGAAUUCUAUAAUGGAUUCAAAUUUUGA